AUUGUGGAAAUGUCAAAACGGGUGGCAUUUUUGCAAGCCACAUCCAGGGAAUCAGUGGAAACCUUCCUCAAUUUCAUUAAUCUUCAUAAAAGUCCCUCUGAUCCUUUUAAUUUGGACGAACUACUUCAGGAGUUGCCAAGGAAACAGAAGGAGGAACUAUGGGAGAAGCUCAAGAUUCUGUUGACAGAGACCCUAGUGGCCCACCCGUUGGAAGAAUGGCAAAAGUUAGAUGCUGACAGUGAUGAUGACAUGGAAGUGGAGUGUCCAUCAGAUCUGAAACACACCCUAUCUAUCCUUUACGGUGUGACAGUUGUUGCAACAAAGUCUGUAUCUGUUGUAGAUGAAGAUGUAAGCUAUGGGGCGCUUCUGGAAUGUGCAGCUAUUCUGAAUGGUAUAAUACAUGCUGUCCCCCAAUCUGAAAAUGUGUGCCUUGCUAUUCAACAUCUUUGCGAAGCUUGGUGGCAGAAAGGGUUAGAGGGUAAAGAAGAAUUUGGGAAAACAGCUUUUAUUUUUCAUCUGAGUAAAUCACUUGAAGAAAAGGGCUUGGUUGCCAAUAUUGUUCGUUUGUGGAACCUACACCCCUGUCUUCUCAGUUUUGAUUACAACUCUGCGGAGAGCAAUGAAGUGAAGGAAUUACUACUGCUAUGUGCCAGAAGCGUAAAGUUCAUUAAAAAUGAAGAGGGCAGGAGAUUUAUAACCUUUCUGUUUAGCUGGGAUGCCAAAUUCGUCAAAGUGAUCCAUGCACGUAUUAAAGGUUUUCUGCAAUUUCUCCAAAAAUCCUUAAUGAAGAACAUUGCAGAAAUAUAUUUCCGAGCUUGGAAGAAAGCAUCUGGGGAUUUCUUAAAGACUAUAGAAAAUGACUGUAUUCAGGAUUUCAUGCAUCACGGUGUUCACCUGCCAAAGAGAUCUCCUGUUUAUUGCAGAGUGCGCGAGGUGCUCGCCUACUUUCACCAGAAUAAAUUGCGGCAAGGAGUAGAUGAAAUGCUCUGCAGACUUUACCAGCCAAUUCUAUGGAGAGGUAUAAAGGCCAUAAAUUCAGAAGUCAGGGCAAAUUCUGCAGUGUUGUUCGUAGAAGUAUUUCCAUUUCGUUAUCCCGGCCUAAAUCACGAGGAUAUGGACAAUGAAAUACAGAAACAGUUUGAUGAACUUUUUAGCCUUCUAGAGGACCCUCAUCCAAUUGUACGUUCUGCUGGAGUCUUGGGUGUCUGUAAAAUAUCAGCAAAGUAUUGGGAGAUGAUGCCUGUAGCAAUCCUGACUGAUCUCUUGAAAAAAAUACUUUGUGAUUUGGCCUGUGAUACAAGUUCAGCUGAUGUCCGCUGCUCUGUGUUUAAGUGUUUGCCGAUAAUAUUAGAAAACUCUUUAAGUCACCCAUUACUGGAGAAGUUGUUGCCGGCUGUGAGGUUGAGUCUUCAUGAUAAUUCGGAGAAAGUCCGCGUGGCCUUUGUGAACAUGCUGUUGAAAAUCAAAGCUGUUCGAGCUGCUAAGUUCUGGAACAUUUGCCCCAUGGACCACCUUUUGGCUCGCCUCGAAGUAGAUUCACGGCCUGUUUCCCGACGGAUUGUAAAUCUUCUGUUUAACUCCUUUUUUCCGGUCAAUCAAGAUGAAGAGCUUUGGUGUGAGCGAUGUGUCUCCCUGGUACAAAUGAACCCAGCGGCAUCACGGAAAUUCUAUCAGUACGCCCAUGAACACACCGCAGCUACCAAUAUUGCAAAAUUAAUGUUUACCAUACGGCGGUGUUUAAAUGGAUGUAUUCAGCGUGCUGACCAAGAUGAAGAUGAUGAAGACUGUGGCGAACAAGAGAGUGAAAAGGAGAAUAAGAGUGUAUUGGACAAUGUUUUAUCCACAGAGGACUCUUCGUCUGUUGCCAGCUUGUUGGAAAUUAUUGUAAUUCUGUGGAGGAGCAUUCGAAAAACACUUGACGAUAAUAAAGAAGCUAAAGAAUAUACCAUUACUAAAUUUGCUAAGGUGCUACCUCAAUAUUUUCGGACUUUUAAGGAUGAGCGAUGUGUUGCUCCAUUGGUUAUAAUGGCUUCCUUUAUGCCUGCAGAAGCUGUCCCAACAUUCAGCCAUUCUGUUUUGUCAAAAUUGAGAAAGCUGGAGUGUGGUGUGGAUGAAAAGAGAUUUUCCUCUCUUAUUGACUGCCUGUGCCGCUGGAACAGAGUUUGGGAUGUACUGGAACUGAUAACUGAAUGGCUUUCGGAGUCAUUACCAGAAAAAAAGAGUAGAAAGCAUUCUGGACGUCAAGUGCGUAUCCUAGAAACCAGCGAGCCUAAGCCGACACUGGCCCUUGAUUAUCUUGAGUAUAUUGUGAAGAACUCAGUGAAUCGUGAAUACCUCUUAUCUCUUCAAAAAACUAAACUGAGUCAGCUUUUAAAAGUCUUGGGACUUGUCAAAGAAGUGCUAUGUUCAUUUGUGAAGCCAUCUCAAACAGUAACACACAAAAUCGAUGAAGCUGCAGCUCUGAGGAUCUUCAGCCUAUACUGUAGACUUAGUGUUCAUCUCCAACACAAGUUUAACUCCGAAGGAAGCACAUAUCUGUCUGUCCUGGAAGAUACCGGAGAAUGGAUCCACACCAAUAUUCUCACAAACCUUGAAAGUAAUCCGAAUGCUUCAGAGGAGGAAAUCCGUAUUUCCCAGGAAGUACUUAAGGUUUAUCUGACUGUUUGUAAAGAUGUACUAAUGGUCGGCCUUGGUGAUUCAGAGUUUAAGGCACAACUUCUAGAAAUAAUAAUGUUAAUGCUACAAACAGACAAGUUCCCUGAUUGCGUGCCGAUGCAGCUCUCCUUGAUCAAAGAAACUACUGAAGUGUGUCUGGCUCACAUUAUGAGCGAGAAGAAUGAGAACAUUAACCAAAUCCUGGACGCAGUGCAGAAUGUGUUCCAUAAAGUGUUGGAGACUAUAGCUCGCAGACUUAAGAAACAACAAGAGGAAAUUCUCCAGCUGAUUCGGUCUAUUCAAGCUCCUCUUGGUGAAUUCAUAAACUGUGUUCAGUGCUGGCACAUGGCUUGUCCAGAGCUUCAUCGUGGGAUCCUCUCCACCAUAAUGGCUGCAGUUGUUGUUGAAAUAAGUCAUCGUUUGCGCAAGGUCACAGAUCUAAGUGAGCUUACUGCACCCGAUACCAUUUCAGACCUUCCUCCUCUGUCAAGGUGUUUAAUGUCUGUUAUGGUUAAAUCCCACAGACUUUUAAAUUCAUUUUUAGGAUCAUUAACAGAUUGCGUUGUAUCAGAGGAAGUUGAAGGAGUUUUAGGCUUGUCUGCCUCAUUAUACAUUGCUUUUGUAAGCCGAAAAGGUAAUAGAAUACCACCGGCAGUUAAAGAUCUAGCUUCGGCAAUCUAUAGAAAACUGAAAAACUUUGGUGAAGUCACAAUGGACGAUGCUGAAAGCAAAGAAAGAGCCGUGUAUGAAUUGUCAAUGAAGAUUUUAGAUGAAUUACAGAUCCAGUAAACUCAAGGCACUGGCUUCCGACUUUUUUUUUUUUUUUUUUAAUGUAUAUAUUUAUUGAGUUAUUAAAUAUAAGCUACUUGCAUUUAAUAUUUUUACAUUACUAUCGAGAAAAGACUGCUAAAAAACAAAAUAAUAAUGCAUUUUCAAUCUA